AUGCUGCGAGUCCACCGAAAAAUCCCGAACCUGUCUCCGACACAUGCGUUCCGCGCAUACUCAAAAUUCUCUCUGACCUCGAAAAAAUCUAUCUACAAGGAGACUAUCACAGCAGCAGCUUCAGAAUGUUCCGGUCACGAUCAUGGUCACGCUCAUGGCCACGGUCACAAUGAAUCUGUACAGCCCACAUUUCCCGCACGCACCCGGUUUGCGCCGUCGCCCACUGGCUUGAUUCAUUUAGGGUCUCUACGCACUGCACUUUACAACUACUUGCUGGCCAAGAGCACUGGGGGCCAGUUCUUGCUUCGACUUGAAGACACUGAUCAAAAUCGUCUGGUGCAGGGCGCUGAAGAAAACAUCUAUGAGUCUCUCAAGUGGGCUGGUCUGAAUUGGGAUGAAGGUCCAAUUGUCGGCGGCCCCCAUGGCCCUUAUCGUCAGUCGGAACGUGCUGCAACCUAUACCAAGUACGCCAACCAGUUGAUUGAAACUGGCCACGCAUACCGCUGUUUUUGCUCCAAGGAACGACUCGAUAGCUUACGCGAAUCCGCACGCACACUCCACCCCCCAUCCAUGGCCUCAUACGACCGUAAAUGCUCACAUCUUUCUCCGGAAGAAAGUUCGAAACGUGCAGCCGCAGGAGAGUCCCAUACUAUCCGAUUCAAGGCCCCUACACGUUACCCUGAGUUCCGUGACCUGUUACACGGACACCUGAAUUUGCAGGUGCAAGUGAACCCGGCAGAUGUACGGUUUGACGAUCCGGUGCUGGUCAAGUCAGACGGGCUGCCAACCUACCAUCUUGCCAACGUUGUUGAUGACCACUUGAUGCUCAUCACGCACGUUGUGCGCGGCGAAGAGUGGCUCCCAUCCACACCCAAACAUGUGGCCAUGUAUAAUGCGUUUGGCUGGACCCCGCCUUCAUUUGUGCACAUUCCUCUACUGACAUCUGCUGGUAAUAAGAAACUGAGCAAGCGUUCAGGUGAUAUUGGCGUGUUGUCGCUGGCAAAGCGUGGCGUAUUCCCCGAAGCCAUGCUCAAUUAUGUGGCACUUUACGGAUGGUCACCGCACCGCGAAGGUUCUGAGGUGUUUACGUUGAGCGAGCUUGAGAAGGCCUUUUCGCUGGACGGACUUACCAAGGGUAACGCAAAGGUGGAUGAGAAGAAGCUUGAGUUUUUGAACAAGCACUUUUUCAAGCUUGAACUUGAGAACCCAGAUUCUUUAAAUACAAUUGCUCGCAAGAUACACGAGCAGCUGAGAGAAGAAUCCGGCGAAUCUGAUAUUCAAAACCCAUUGGAUAUCUCUUACAUUGAAAACAACUUGAGUUUACUCAAAAAUAACAUCACUAGUGUAGAUGAAUACCUUAUCAAGGCUCGUCAUCUUCACUAUAUCCCAAAUUUGGGUUCAACUAGCGAUUCACCCGCUGCAAAGUACCUCGUCGAGGCUCGCAAAUCAGAUACCACAAAGGAGAUUCUAAAAGCUGCGAUUUCUUUUCUCAACGAAUCUAACAUCGAGCAACUUGCCGAUGCUAAGGCUUUUAUUGAUACCUUGACUAAACAAAGCACUGCAAAGAAACCUCUUAUUUUACAAGCUCUUCGUUACGCUCUCACAGGUAGUGCUCCGGGUAUUGAUAUUCCCACUAACGUGUACAUUUUGGGUAAAUCUCAGUCUCUGGCCCGUCUUGAACGUGCCCUCACUUUCUUGUAA